AUGCCGCUGGUGAAGAGGAAUAUCGAGCCCCGGCACCUGUGCCGGGGGGCUCUUCCCGAGGGGGUGACGAGUGAGCUGGAGUGUGUCACCAACAGCACGCUGGCUGCCAUCAUCAAGCAGCUGGGCAGCCUCAGCAGGCACGCGGAGGACAUCUUCGGCGAGCUGUUCAACGAAGCCAACAGUUUCUACAUGCGGAUGAACUCGCUGCAGGAGAGGGUGGACCUGCUGGUCAUCAAGGUGACGCAGCUGGACUCCACUGUGGAGGAAGUUUCGCUGCAGGACAUCAACAUGCGGAAAGCCUUCAAGAGCUCCACGGUGCAGAACCAGCAGGUCGUGUCUCGCAACUCCAUCCCCAACCCGGUGAUGGAGAUGUACCAGCGCUGCGACAAGCCCCCGCCGCUCAACAUCCUCACGCCCUACAGGGAUGACAAAAAGGACGGCCUCAAGUUCUAUACCGACCCCUCCUACUUCUUCAACUUAUGGAAGGAGAAAAUGUUGCAGGCGACAGAAGAUAAGAGAAAGGAGAAGCGCAGGCAGAAGGAGCAGCGGCUGGGGGGGGACUCCACCCGGGAGGUGAAGAAAGUGAGGAAAGCCCGCAACCGGCGCCUGGAGUGGAACAUGAUGGCGUAUGAUAAAGAGUUCCGACCCGAUAACAGGUUCUCACCAUCCCCCUAUCACAUGGCGUCAUCGGAAGGAUCACUGUCCCCAGAUAAUAGGCAGAACAGCCUCAACCGCCUCCAGCAGCCUCACGUGCCGCAGCCCCCCGAGGCUAUCCUCAACGGGCCGAGACCUCACUUAGUCAAGGAUUACGGUGGUGCUGUGGUAGUGGGGAGAGCCCUCCUCUGCAGCCGCCGUGGUCUGAAACUGCUGGUGAGACCUGAGGCCAAAUCAGUCAGGAGCACUUUUGGGCCCCGGAAGCCGCAGAUCCCGCUGAUGCCCAUGAGCGACGCCCGGAGCGACCUGCUGGCAGCCAUCCGCAGAGGAAUCCAACUCCGGAAAGUCCAGGAGCAAUGGGAACAAGAGGCCAAAAAAGAGCCCGUGGGCAACGACGUGGCGACGAUCCUAUCCCGCCGGAUCGCGGUGGAGUACAGCGAGUCCGACGACGACUCCGAGCUGGACGAUAACGAGUGGUCGGACUGA